UUUAACAAAUUUUCUUCAUUCAGUGUUGGUUUUUCCGAUAAUUCAUACGUGCUAUUUAAAAUAAUAGUGUGCGUGUGUAUGUUGUAUAAAAUAUAAAAAAAUAAAAAAUAAAAAAAAAAAUUUUUUUUCUUUCAAAAUUAUUCUAAAAGAAAUUAUAAACCUUUGACUUUUAAACGAAUAGAGGCCUAUACACUGACCUCCUAAAUUUAUUUUACAAUCUCAAAUGACAGCAAUUGUAAGCAAUGUGUAUGUGCUGUAUAUGUUUUGUUGGUGAUAUUUGUAAUUGCAAUAGUAGUGACGGUAAAAGCAAAGCACAUGCUAAGCAUUGAAAUAUACCAUCUGAUGAAAUAGAUGUACUUGUUGUAUGUACAUGAAUGUAUGUAUUUAUGAAUUAUGCUUAAGAAUCUAUUGAUAUUAUUCUUCUUAAUUGCUAAUACCACUCAAGAUAUGGAUGUUGCAUGCACGUAAGGUAUGAUUUCGGAGCUAGUAAGAAAUUGACCGAUCUCGAUGUCUCCGCUAUUAGAGAAUGCUUAAGUUACCAAAAGGUUUAAAGAAGAAAAAGAAGAAGUCGAAAAAGGAUCAAGAACUUUUUACUGAAGAAGAACUUGAAGAAUAUAAACGCCAAUUAAAGGCCAAGCAGGAGGCUGCUGUUGCUAAAUCAGAUGCUGGUGACUCCGAUGCAGCAUCAGAUGUUGAAGGUUUAGCACCAACAGCUGCAACAUCAAAUACUGCUUCGACUUCUGGCUUAACGGAAGAAGCUACCACAUCUGAAGUUACAGCAGAGGAAAUCGAACCCGGUACAGGAGACGAGGAGUGGGCUAAAUUUAAAGCUCUUACUAGUGGCGUUGAUACUAUAUUACAUAAGACUCAGGACGAAUUAGAUCGCAUUAAAAAAGAAUCGUUUUAUCAACGUUUACCUUCAGCGGCUGAGAAGAAACGCCUUGAAGAGGAGGAGGCGGCACGCCGUGAAGCCGAACGUAUUGAAGAAGAGAAACGCAAAGCUGCUGAAUUAGAAGCCCAACGUGAUAAGCUCGCCGAAGCUGUAGUUGAGCUUUCCGAAUCGGAGGGUGAAAACGAGGCUGAGGUUGAUGAUAUUUUCAUAACAGAUUACAUUGAUGCAAUAACUAGUGGUGAAGUUCAACUUGCUGUUGUUCCAGAUUCUCCUGUACUUGAAGUUGAUACUGGACCAGAUCCAUUCGAUACUACGUACGCUGAAAAAGUUAUAGUUGGUGCGGAUAAAGCCAAAGGCAAUAAGAAACUCGUAAGCCUUGGCGCGGCAGUAGAAGUUCUUUCUGGUCGCGUAGAACGCGAAAAAGCUUUAGAGCUUGCUAAGCCCAAGCGUAAGUUGCGCAAAGGCAUCAAAAAUUUAUUGCUUAGCGAAAGUGUAGAUUUAGCGGAUGCCGAAGAAGAUCUUUUAGCGCCAGAGCCACAAAAGAAUCUUUUCGAUGAACUGGUUGAUGAUGUACCAGAACCAGAAGCUCCUAUCGAUUUAAGUGUUUCAUUGCAUUUGAAUUUUAUUCAACCAAAAAAACCCCAAUCGGACGAAGAAGAAAAGGAAGUUGAAAGUGAAACAGCUAAAUUAGAUCUAUCAGAAUUUGAUGUCUUAAAAGAUGAUGAUGAUGACGAAUUUGCAGAAUUAGCUGCCGAAUCUUUAAAUAAAAAGGAAGAGAUUAAAGUUAUAACUGAAAUUCCUGUGCCAAAAGCCGAAGUUCUUGCAGAUGUUAUUGAUGCUGACUGGGCUGAAUUUGAGCAGGAACCAUUACAGGAAGAAUUAGACAACAAAGAUAAACCUGCACGGCCGCCACCACCUGAGAGGCCAAAAACUGGUCCUCAUUUGGUUGAAGGGGCUGUCUAUAUAAGCGACGACGAAGAAGGCAAUCAAGACGACGACCCUUUUAACACAUCUUACGCCGAACAAGUUAUUAAAAAGACUACUGUUUUAGAAGAAGACGACGAUUUUGAUCCUAGGGCUGAGGAAAAAGUUGGACCACCAGUAAAGCCUCCUCCUCCUUCUAUUAAUUAUCUAUCGCAACCCGUACGCGAUUUAUUAGGUGGCAGUAAUACAGACUUAUCAAGAGUUGGUCCUUCUCCUAUUAUACCCUCUAUCCAAGAGAGAGACAUUGAAUCAGAGGAUUUCGAUCCUUUCGAUACUUCUGCUAUUGUAAGCAUAGUUCAACCAAAAGAAACUGAACUGAAGUUUAUUGAACGAGAAUUAUUAAAUGAGAAUAGUUUGAAGCAUUCGUUAAGUGAUCCAGAUUUCGAUCCUAGAGCAGAGGAGCCUAAACAAGAACCCGCAGCGAAUGUACCGGCUGUUCAAGUUAAUACUGAUACAGACUUUGAUCCUGCACGUCGCAAAUCCUCAUUAAGCUUAAAUUUGCAAUCAAAGACAGUUGGAUUUUUAAUUCCUAGUCAGGAUUUGCUGGGUGGUGCUGACGGUGCAAGCAAUAAAAAGCCUCUCACUCCUUAUUACGCUCCAGCCGCUCCUUCUAUUGUAGAAAAGGAACAAUCGGAUCCAUUCGACACGUCCUACGUACCGGAAGUUAAACCUACCGACAUUGAAUUAAAGCAUUUAGAGGACGAUUUACUGUCAAAGCCAACACUUAAGCAUAGCUUGUCGGAUCCCGACUUUGAUCCACGAGCUCCGCCUACACCCGUACCUGCUGAAGAUUUACUGUCUGUGAAAGAAAACAUUUCCGCCAAAGUACUAACUCCUGCUCAAGAAAAUAAGGACUUGCCCAGCUCUUCCAAAGAUAUUGCAGAUCCGUUUGAUACUUCAAUAGCGGCCAAUAUACAACCAGGAAAAGCUGAACUGAAGCUUUUAGAAAGUGAAUUAUUGCCGCAAAAACAGUCCAAUAAAUCGGAGAGUGUGCUAGAUACAGACUCUGACGCCCAAGAACUAGGCUUAGGUGAUAAAGUUCUUACCCCUCAAUUGCCUCACAAGAAAAUUACAGUUCCCGAAGAUAUUGAUCCAUUUGAUACGUCUAUAGCUGAAAACUUAGCUCCAGGUGAAACCGAAAUUAAACUACUUGAGAGUGAGCUUAUAAAUAAUUAAACACCAAAACUU